UGAUAGCAAUGGCCACUUCAGGUGAAGAUGUGAUUCCGAGUAGUUUUGUGCGAGAAUACAAGAUAUCUAAUUAUUACUGUUGUGUUUAUGACUGUAAUUCAAAUGGAAGAUAUGAUUCUGAAAUCAGCUUUCAUAAAUUUCCAAAAGAUGAGAAUAUAAGAAAACAAUGGGUGGUGAAAAUAAGAAGAGAUAUUGGCAACGAUUUCCAGAUUUCAAAAACAACAGUUGUCUGUUGCAAACAUUUUAAAACAGAGGAUUAUGUGGGAUGGACACCUUCAAAAACACGAAGGCUAAAGAAAGGAAUAGUUCCUAGCGUUUUUGACUGGAGUGAGGAAAAGACAGCACGAAGAUUGCUGACUAGAAAGCCCACUGCAACAUCGCAACCCAAAACUAAACGAUUAAGAUUGGAUGGUGCUGAUCAUUCAACAUUGACAUCAGAUGAACAGCCUGGUGGUAGUGGGGAGGACAUUUUGACAGCAACCCCAUUACAUAUUGAGCAACAUAGAGAGAUUGACAUGCUGAAGGAUCAGUUGCAGAAGAAAACCGAAGAAUGUUCAAAUGUGAACAAGCAGUUAGCUGUGAUGUCAGUGUCCGAAGAAGAUGGCCGGAUGUUCCAGAUCAGUGACAGCCUGGACUUGGACAGUCUGGUUGACUCUGUAAUUGAUGAGAUCUGCAACCCAGAUUCCACAGGAUUUCAAGCAGACAUCCAUAAGGUCCAGAACCAAAUCAGAAAUGCUGAACGUAAGCAGCGUGAAAUCAACCGUAUCUUCUCAGACUGCAUGGAGCAGCUUGUCCAGUUCAGCAACACCCUUGAGGAGGAGGAGAGGCACAGCGAGCAAAGACACCAGGAGAUACUAGAUGCAGAAGCUAAUGGACCCUCUGAGGUCACAAUUACAGACUCUGAUGAAGAUGAUGACGAUGUUCAAUUCAUACAGAAAACAUUUGACCCAAACAUUGCCCUGAAGAGAAAACAGGAGGCUUCGGCAUCAAACUCUGGUAUAAAGAGGAAGACAGACCAACCAUCCACCAUUGGCCAGACCCGGGCUAAUUUGGCAGCCGCCUUGGCCAAUAGUCCGUCAAGGACAAUUGACAGUGCAAGGAAAAUAUUCACAGCUUCUCUUGCAAAACAGUCCUCCCUCAAACUAAGGAUAACUGCUCAAAGUGUCUUACACACCGUGCCGAAGAACAAUCUUCAGCCUUUACAAAGAAAUCUCCAACCCUCCAAUACAUCAUUAUCAUCACCGUCAUCCCAGUUAUCAUCAUUAUUAUCAUCACCACCCUCAGUUUUGCCAAAAACUGUGUCGUCUGUCCUUCCCAUGGCCGGUUCCCAGUCUGCAACCCCGUCAGUGUUGUCAGCCCUCCAGCAGCGGAAACCAGCAUCCUCCUCAUACAUGCAGAGCUCACAAGCCAACCAGGAACACAUGGAAAAACUUUUCCUGGAGGAUGUCAAUGUUUGUAAGGUUGGAGGUUAUGUGCUGGCCCGGAGGUACGGUGAUGUCUGGCAGAAGGCUGAGAUCAUGGACAUUAAUAAACCAGCAACAACUAUCUGUGAUCGUAAAUUCAAGGUGCGUUUUGAGCAGAAGCGUGUGGUGAAGAUGUUGGUGUCGAAACAUGUGGCAUUCUUGGAGAGCAUCAACAAGCCUGUCCUUGUGGGCACCAGAAUCAUAGCCCUGUACAAGGACGAUGAGUCUAAUGAGGCGUUCUAUGCUGGUAUCAUUGCUGAGGCUCCAAAUGGGAGGAAUGAGCUCAGGUACCUCGUGUUUUUUGACGAUGGCUAUGCUCAAUACUGCAGCUCAAAGGAGAUCCAUAAAGUUUUCUAUCAAAGUCGUAAUGUAUGGGAAGAUAUACAUCCAGAUUCACAAGACUUUGUGAAGGACUAUUUGGCACAGUAUCCAGAGAGGCCGAUGGUGCGCUUACAUAAGGGUCAGACAGUGAAGACAGAGUGGAAGGGCAAGUGGUGGACAGCCAAGGUGGAGGAGGUGGACGCCAGCCUUGUUCUCAUGUUCUUCCCAGCUGACAAACGUAGCGAGUGGAUCUACCGAGGUUCCACACGCCUUGAACCACUCUACACAGCCCUAGCAAAUGCAGAAGCUAACCGGAUCAUGGGCAAGGUUAAGAGACACAACCUCAAUGUUGCCAGUGGUAACAAACCUGUAGUGGAAUACACCAGGAACAACAGCACUGACAGUUCACCAGCCAAGGCUGAGAAGAAAAAGUCUGUAGCUAAGAAGAGCACUACUCCAUCCAGCCUGAACACUGGACAGGUGUGGGAGGCCAGCUGGAUGAAAAGAAAAUCUACUGAGGACCGAAAACCCUCACUUAAGAUCCAACCACAAGACAAGUUCAGCACAUCUACAAUCAGCAGCCCUCCGGUGGCUGCAAAGAGUCGGGACAUGGCUAGUAUUCUCCAGGACAGACUUACAACCCCUGAAGAGGCUGGCACUGUUGAUUUAGAAUCAUUAGGAACAAGACUCGAUCAUAUAAUUCCAUCUGCAGACAGAAAAAAAGUUCAAAUGGUGCCCCACAAGUGUUCCAAGAAAUGUUUGAAGGAAGUUGUUGAUCAUCCAGACAAAUAUAGAGGGAACAAUCCUCUGCUCAUUCCCCUCUUCUUUGGAUGGGAAAGGCAUGUGGCUAAGACAAAGCCCUAUGGUCGUCGUGUUGUGUUUUACCGCGCACCAUGUGGGCGGAGAAUUCGCAACCUGGAGGAGCUGGACUUAUACCUGAUGUUGACAGACAGUCAGCUUCCCAUUGAUGCCUUCUGCUGUGACCCAGAACUACAUGUACACUACGAGUUUAUCCCUGUUAAGACUUUCUGUGACAUCAAGGACAUAUCGUAUGGAAAGGAGAAUGUUGUUAUAUCAUGUGUGAAUGGGAUUGACCGCCAGUACCCGGAUUAUGUGGACUACUCCAAUCAGCGUAUCCCGGCAAGUGGUGUAAAACUCAACCUCGACCCAAACUUUCUUGUCUGCUGUGACUGCGAAGAUAAUUGCAGGGACCCCUCCAAGUGUGCAUGCCAACAGCUGACAUCUAGAUCAUCGGCUGUAGUGAAUGGUGGGCGAGCCAUGCCAAAUGCUGGCUACAGACACAGGCGGCUAGAGGAACCACUUAUAUCAGGGCUUUAUGAGUGCAAUUCACGAUGUAAAUGUGACAAGAGAUGUGUCCAAAGAGUUGUUCAGAAUGGUCUCAAAAACAGACUGCAAGUGUUCAAAACAGAGAAAAGGGGCUGGGGCCUGCGCUGCCUGGAUGACAUUCCUCGUGGCGGAUUUAUCUGUAUCUAUGCUGGUCAGUUACUGACUGACCAGGGGGCGAACGAAGAUGGACAACAAUACGGGGACGAGUAUCUCGCUGAACUUGAUUACAUUGAGGUUGUAGAGAGACAGAAGGCAGGCUAUGAGAGUGAUGUAGAAGACAUUGAUGAGAUGGGCCGUGACAAUGACGGGCCAGACUGGGAGACAGAGAGUGACCAUGGCAACGGAUCUGACUCAGAUGAAUCAUUUAAGGAUAAGUCCUACACAAAAAAAGGUUGGCCAGAGGUUGGAGUUUCCGAAAAACAACACCAAACUAGGGCGUCAGAUCGGGAUGUAAAGCGGAAGCAGACGGCUCAAAAGAGCACAAGUGGCUCAAGAACGUCACCAGAGCUCCCUGACCUCAACACCCCGUCUAUCACAGAGAGCUCAGAUAAGAAGAAGCGUAUAGGUCGGUCAACUGGAGCUAGAUACGGUCCCAUCAACCAUUCUUCAAAGAAAGAAGACGAAAAGGAAGAAGAAGAUGAGCCCCAAGGUCCGUCAACACGUGAUUACUUUGAGGACGACCAGUCAUGCUACAUUAUGGACGCCAAGUCCAUGGGAAACAUAGGCAGAUACCUCAAUCACAGCUGCCAGCCGAAUGCCUUCGUUCAGAAUGUGUUUGUGGACACUCACGAUCUCCGUUUCCCCUGGAUUGCAUUCUUUGCUGGACAGUAUAUCAGUGCAGGCUCAGAACUGACCUGGGACUACAACUAUGAAGUUGGCAGCGUGCAUGGGAAGGUGCUGUACUGCUACUGUGGAUCAGCCGAGUGCAGGGGCAGGCUACUCUAAUCUAACCCAAGGAUUCAUGUGUAUAUGAAAAGAGAUUAGAAUGAUUGCAAAGAAACAAUCUGAUCUGACCUCGAAGGGCUUUAACCUAACUGUUGCCAUAGGAACUGAAUACUUGGACAGUAUUGUUUUUUGAGUACUGCAGUAUUAUUUAGUUAUGUGAAGGAUGUAGAUGUUGUUAAGGAAAAAAAGCCUGUAUUAUGACACUCUACACAAGUCUUAUUAAGUAAUGAACAUGAUAAAUAAAACUGCCAAUACUUUUAAGUAUUGCAAGGGUACAUGUACAUUGUGCUGGUAUUUUUUGUGAGUUAUUUGUUGUAGCUGUCUCAUCAUUCUGCAAGUAAUUUUGAAAUUGUUUGAUCUUCAAGUAAUUUGUAUGUAUUUGUAUUAUGUACCAAAAACGAAAAACAAAUAAUUAAAAAAACACAACAUACAUUAAACAAUAUUUGGUGUUUACUCCUGGUCAGCAGUUGCAUAAGUUUAAGUCUUAUAUAGAAAUCAUAACUAUGGUUACUGGGUAACUGGCAUUUAAAAAUAU